UCGGGGGUCUUAAUGUUCAGCUGUGUGGUGAACAAUGCAACUAAAACAUAGCAACCCUCUUCAUAUCCUACAACAACCCAAAGUGAUCAGCAUAGAAUAUUAUUACUUUUACAGGGCGUCACCGCUCAUGCUGUGAAAAUGUAUUUUUUUUUCCAAUUUACGACGGACUGGAAGAAGAUGCAGAGAAGGCAUAGUAGUAAUGCGGAUAACAUUCCACCAGAGAGAUCAAGGAGUCAGACAGUUGGUUCAGAGAACAGUGUGGAUGAGAAUGGUGUUUUUGAAGGGCUCAAACCUGAAAGCCCAUCCCCUCAGCAAAUGUUUUCUGGUUUGACAAGCCUGCAGUCAGGCCCAAUCAAUGCCGCGUCAUUCCAGUCCGGCCUAGUUCUGGGGUCUUCACUCAGCGCCUCAGUUGGAACUGGAGAUGUCUUUAUUCAGAUGACCCCACAAGAGGAGGGAGGCAUUCGCACAGAGAACAUGCAGAACCAUCACCGCCAUCGGCAUCAUCACUACCACCACAGCCACCAUCGUUCAUCCUUGUUGCAUGUUUCUGGUGAUCGCCAUGGAAAUAUGGAAGAUGGCGGUGAUGACCCGGGAACGCCCGCCCCAGCACUGUCAGAGCUCAAGGCUGCAAUUGCCUGGCUUCAAAAGGGCCUUCCCUUUAUCUUGAUAUUACUGGCAAAAGUUUGCUUUCAACAUAAACUUGGAAUUGCUGUGUGCAUUGGAAUGGCUAGUACUUUUGCUUAUGCAAAUUUAACGGUUAAACACCAAGUUUCAUUAAGAGAAAAAAGAUCGGUACUUACAAACCUCUGGAUAUUGGUUUUCCUCACAGGGAACACAUUGUUUUUGUAUUAUACCUUCAGUGCUCAAGAGCUUUAUAAGAGCUUGAUAUUUCUGAAGACUAGUGUGGAAAGCAUGGAUUUCUUUGAUUUGCUUUGGAUUGCAGGAAUCACAGACUUUGUCCUGAAGUACAUCACAAUUGGUUUCAAGUGUUUGAUCCUCAUUCUGCCCAGAAUUAUCUUAGCUUUCAAGUCGAGGGGAUCUCUUUACCUUCUAAUAGAGGAAGUGAGCCAGUUGUUGAGGUCCCUGAUUCCUAUUCAACUAUGGUACAAAUGCAUCAUGGAGGGACAGUCAUCCAAUAGUUAUUUAUUGGAAGGCGUGCUCAUUGUUCUGUAUAGUCUUUGCAAGUUCUUGGAUGUCUGUGGUCGAAUAGGUGGUUUGCGAAAGGCUUUGAAGAUCUUGUGUAAAUCACAGAGCUGUGGUGUGCGAGCUACUAGCCAGCAAUGCAGCGAAGCUGGGGAUAUCUGUCCGAUCUGUCAGGCAGAAUUUCGAGAACCUGUGAUGCUGAUUUGCCAGCACGUCUUCUGCGACGAAUGCGCCUGCCUGUGGUUCGACCGGGAGAGGAGCUGUCCAUUGUGCCGAACCUCUGUCACCGAAACCGUCCGCUGUUGGAAGGACGGGACCACUUCAGCGCACUUCCAGGUGUAUUGA